AAAACGUUGACCCAAAGAAGAAGAAGAAGAAACAUAGCAGCGAUAUCGGCACCGGUAACGUUGUUGGGUGAAAUGGCGAAUCAGGGUGCUAAGAAACGCAAGGAUGAAAACGCUCGUCACAUGGCUAGGCUCCGCCGCAUCAUCAUCGCUUGCAACGUUAUUUAUGUAGUAAUAAGGAUGUUAAUUUUCCAUUCCACAUUCACCUGGAAGCAUUGGAUUGGCUUGGUUGUGACUUCUUUAGCAUAUUAUUUUCCCUAUCAACAACUUGCUAAGAUGGCAAACCCUAGUUACGCCGAAGAUGGUGAACUCUUAGAUGGUGGGUUUGAUAUGACUACUGGUGGAGUUUGUGGCUAUUUACAUGAUGUUAUCUACAUAACAUGCUUUGUGCAAGUCGCGUCCAUCAUCUCCGGAAAGUUCUGGUACACAUAUCUUGUGAUACCGGCAUUUGGAGCAUACCAAUCCUUUGGCCUCAUUAAAGGAUUUUUGCCGCAAGGUUCAGAGGAAUCUGUUGAAGAUGAAAAGACCCGCAAGAAGAGGGAAAAGAUGGAGAAGAAGGCAUCGAGACCUAAGUUUGUCAAGACAAGAACUAGAUAGUUUGCUGGAAUGCAAAUCCAGUUGCACAAUAUCACCCAAAUAUCCAAGAUUGAUGGAUGUUGCCCUGUAACUUUAAAUUAUUACAAGUUUCAUAUUAGCCUGAGCUAGUUUUCCUGUACAACAAUAUCCCUUUUUACCCCCUCCAUGUUAGGGA